AUGCAGUCUGUGCAGCGCAAAUUCACAAAGCUUCGAAGCAAAGGCCCCGGCAACAAUGCCUCGGUCUCCGUUUUACUGAAGGAAUAUGAAGAUGCGGACCAGCUUCUCGCAAGGUUACUCGAAAACUCUAGAGCUUGGAGGGACGCCUGGGCCUCACUCGUCCACCACCAACUGCAGUUUGUCGUCGAACUCGAAGGCCUCUACGAUCCGAUUGUCGGCGCCUCCGAUGGCCAUGGCCGCGAAUCCGUCCCUACCCCCCGGCUACAACUCGAGCGGACAUUCAGGUUGAAACAGGCCUAUGGCGAACUCAAGUCCGAGCUGGAGGAAGAAAUCGGCACCAUCGAAGAUCGGGUGAUUCGGCCGGCUGUGGAGGCACGGGAUUGUAUCGCCCCAAUUCGCAAAACGAUCAAGAAACGAGAGAACAAGAGGCUGGAUUACGAAAGGGCCCAAGAAAAAGUCAGCAAGCUUCACAAAAAACAUACAAGGACUCCGAAGGAGGAAGCUUCUCUGGCAAAGGCUGAGGUGGAUAUGGCCCAAGCAGGUGAUGAAUUCGCCAUCGCCGACGACCACCUCCAAUCGACCCUGCCACCCAUCAUAAACGCUUCUUUCAGCCUGGUACCCCCCUUGCAAGCAGCCCUGAUUCUCAUCCAGAACCGCCUGUUGGGACUAUAUUAUACGACUGUUCACGCCUACUGCAUGGAAUCCGGGUUCCCAUCGCCUCCGCCUCCCAUGUCUGAGGUCGUGGCAGCAUGGGAAGCCGCCUUUGUUCCCGCUCGGGAUGAUUUCGAGUCCGUCAGCAUCGUAGCCCGCGGCAAGGCCGCCCAUUCACCCAUGGCUCUACAGGCACCCGAAGGCCCAGGCCGAAGGCUUUCGGCAAUGAUUCCCGGGAGGAACGACAUGCGUCGCGUCACUUCACCAAUGCCGUCCAGUUCCAGUGCGUCAGUCCACAGCGGCAGCGGCUAUCAAGGACGCAACAACUUGCGUAUCCCCUCUGCAGGUGGCUACCACUCCCGGCCCCAUUCACCGGCAGCAUCAGACCGGUCCUCUUAUGCCUCCAGCCCGCCGGCCUCCUCUUAUUCCGGUUACUCCGGCAACCAAGGCCAGAAAAGACUCGAGUACCUGGCUCCUACCGACUUUACGCAGGCUAGUUCCCUGGCGCGAGGUCCGGUAGACCGCACCACGCUCGAGAACAACAGACCCUUCCCAAGGUCGCCUUCGACUCCAUCAAUGUCGAUCAACCGGGCCCAUAGCCCCCAGGCUGCUCGAAGUGCCGGCAAUGGCAACGGUAAUGGAACCGAUUACUUUGCUUUAGCAGUCGCCAAGAAGAGACCUCCCCCGCCCCCGCCCCCAAAGCGAAUCGCGAGCCAGCAGCUGGCUGAGUACGUGGUUGCGCUGUAUACCUUUGCGGGGCAAGGCGCGGGAGAUCUGGCGUUUAACGAGGGCGACAGGAUCAAGAUUGUCAAGAAGACGAAUACGGAUCAGGAUUGGUGGGUUGGCGAGUUGAAUGGGAAGCGAGGCAGUUUUCCGGCGAACUAUUGCAAGCCGGCGUGA